AUGGAUUCUCCCACAGUAGAGGAUCUACCGGUUCUCGGCGAUGCUUCCCUCCUGGCAAUCGAUUGGGCUCGAUUGAAAGUAAAUGAUGAGGAUGAACGAAAGAAGCUCCUCGAAGCUGGCGAAAAUCAAGGCUUCUUUUAUCUUGAUCUUAGCUCUGAUGAUGGCUUCCUCCAAGACUGGAAUGCCGUCUUAGACUUGAUGGAACAGUACUUCCACCUCGAUGUCGAUCAAAAGAUGAAGGAUCACCGCAUGAGUGAUACACAUGGAUAUGAGCCUGUUGCUACAUCGUCUGGUGCCGUGAAAGGUCGGCCAGAUUAUUACGAGUCUCUCAAGGCAUCGAAAGAUGAACUUAGCUCGAGAAGCAGCUCACUCGCGCCGGUUAUUGCGGAAAAUCAUGAGCUAAUAUCCCGCUUCUGUGGCACCGCGCAUGAGGUUGUCAUGACCAUUCUGAGUAGCUUUGGCAGCGCCCUAUUUCCGGAUGGAAACUCGAACUUUGAACUUUUCCACUCCGAAAACAAAGAGUCCCUCACCACUUUGUCCUUGUUCCGCUAUCCAAAACAAGAGACUGCGGAUGUUGGUGUAGGGCACGGCAAGCACACCGAUCUUGGCACAUUGACUUUUCUCUUGUGUCAUCAAUGGGGCUUACAGGUGCUUGCCAGGAAUCCAGGCGGAUGGAGAUUCGUGGCACCUAAGAAGAACCACGCUAUCAUCAAUGUCGGUGACACGUUGCGCUUCCUUUCUGGAAACCGUCUAUGCUCUGCGGUCCACAGAGUAGUGCCAACACAGGAGCUUCAGCAUGAAGACCGCUAUAGUAUUGCCUACUUCUUGCGGGCUGAGAAUGGCGUCGUCUUCAAGGACAGUGUUGGACGCAUGACCACCGCCAAAUCAUGGCACGAUGAGAAGUUUGAAGUUUUCAGGGCUCCACACGAAGAGCAAGAGAAAGCCCCGAUCCUGACCGGUGGAAUGGAGCGCGGCGAGAGUCUUGUCCCAGUCUGA